UGGUCGCCACACACAAGAUGGCGGUGAGCAGGGGGCGGUGCGGUUGCGAAGGGCGCGGUGCAUGCUGGGAGGGAGGUCGCAGUGCGGACACAGCGCAGGAGGCUGCUGGUGGUGAGGCCGCUGUACCGCCGCCAGGAUGGACGUGUUUUUGAUGAUCCGUCACGGCAAGACCACAAUCUUCACCGACGCCAAAGAGAACACCACCGUGUACGAGCUGAAGAGGAUUGUGGAGGGAAUCCUGAAGAGGGGCCCCGAGGACCAGAGAUUGUACAAGGAUGACCAGCUGUUAGAUGAUAAUAAAAGUUUGGGCGAUUGUGGCUUCACCAGUCAG